CUGAAUAGCGUCAGGAGGUCAAAUUAAGUAUAUUACAAACUUCUAAUAAAUAGAAAAUUUAGGUUUAGGUUUAGGACUUCAAACUUCAGAAACUCGAAAUGAGCUUGUCAAAAUUCUUUGUGUAUUUUUUCUUGCUUUUUAUGCAUAUCGACGUGGUCUUAUUGGUGAUACCCUCCGUCUGCUUUCCCUCAGAAUUCUCAUCCCAGCUCACUUCCAACGGAGACAAUGGAACAAGUUCAUCCGAAUGGAGGUCACUAAAUAAGCGGAAUGAGGAAGUGGAAAAACAGACGGAUGAGUUUCAGGAAAAUGGCAACGAUUUUGAUUCAUUUGAAAUAGAGUACUUGGUCACUGGUGGAUAUCGCCCAAAAAACAAUAAUUUGAUUAAAUUUACGGUAUCACUGCGAUAUAAUAAAAUUAAGCAAUUCUUUGGAGAUAAUCACUUUUGCGGAGGAGCUAUCAUACACAGAAAAUGUGUUAUCACAUCUGCUCAUUGUCUUUUUACCAAAAAAGGAAGAUUGGAAAAAGCUGAUUACGUAACCGUUGUGGCAGGCACUCCCAACAGGCUAGAAAGAAUCAGCAGCACUCAGGUCGUUAAGGCAAAAAAGCUUAUUCCACAUCCCGAUUACAAUCGAGAAAUGGGCCACAAGUUUGACAUUGGAUUGGUGUUACUUAAUACAGACCUAGUGUUGGGUCCAUCUGUCGCCGUCAUCCUGCUAACCGACAUACCUCCGGCUAAAAACUUGGACUGCACCGUAGUGGGAUGGGGACAAGUUAUCGAGUUUGGACCCUUUCCGGAUGGGGCUGUUAAUGUUGACAUAAAAGUCCUGUCAAAAACUUUAUGCGAAAAUAUGCCAAAAUGGAAUCCCGAUGGUAUGAUCUGUGGCGGGGAUCCGAAAUUCUUCGAAGUGGACAGUUGCUACGGUGAUUCUGGUGGACCACUAUAUUGUGGCUUAAAGUUGUAUGGCACUGUCUCUUAUGGACGUGGUUGUGGCACUCCUGGCUAUUAUGGAGUAUACACCGAUGUAUAUUUCUUCCGGGAUUGGCUGGAGCCUGCCACACGAGGUGUAUGGCCUGAAAUUGAUGGCGGAAGUUCACCCAUAUUUUUCCGCAGCUUCAAAGGAGAGGUAUCUCAGUAUUUGGCGUCUUUAUUUUUGUACUAUUUUCUAAAAUUACCCUUAACGGCUUGGGAAUAGAAUUCGUAAA